AUGAAGGAAAUUCUUGUCAACAAAAGAUACCGUGUCGAUCGCAGGAUUGGAGCAGGGGGCUUUGGUCUCGUCUACGCUGGGAUCGAUACCGAGACAGAGGAAGAGGUCGCAAUCAAGCUAACUCUUAUACGGGACGGCUCUGAGGCUCUUCAAUAUGAAGCAGAGACAUAUGACGCAUUAUCCGGCGGCGUCGGUAUACCAAGAGUCUGGUGGUUUGGCCCAGAAGGUGACUUUUAUGUUUUGGUGCACGAACUUCUAGGACCAUCUCUGGAAGACCUCUUCAACUACUGCGAUCGGAAAUUUUCUCUCAAGACGGUCCUUCUUGUUGCCGAGCAAGCUAUUCAUCGGAUUAAGCACAUUCACAACAAAGGGUAUCUACACUGUGACAUUAAACCGGACAAUUUCCUCCUGGGAGUUGGAAAUAAUGGCAACAUACUUUAUACAAUUGAUUUCGGCCUUGCAAGAAAUAUGGAUGCAGCUAAGGGGCAUGGAAUACGGGACGACCGACCUUUUGGAGGCACUGCUCGGUAUGCCAGCCUCAAUAAUCACAAGGGACUUGAACAAUCUAGGGGCGACGAUCUAGAAUCUUUGGGCUAUGUCCUUCUGUACUUCGCCCGUGGCUCGCUGCCGUGGCAGGGCUUAAAGCCAUCGACUGACGAGGAGCGAACGGAGUUGAUCAAACAAAAGAAAAUGAGUACAACAAUAGACGAUCUUUGCAAAGGGCUGCCGGACGAAUUUGCCACGUACCUAAGGUACACUCGGUCACUUCAGCCUAUCAAAAAGCCGGAUUACGCGUACCUUCUCGGACUAUUCCACAACCUAUUCGUAGCGCAAGGCUUCCAAUACAACAACGUGUUCGAUUGGACGGAAAAACUAUAUCACGAGCUGCAGAGUACUUCGUCUACUGAUGAGACUUAA